UUUGGCUCCAUGGUGACAUUACUCAAACACUUCCAGUGUCUGAAAAGGAAGUACUGAGAGCAAAAGUCGCCUCACUUUGUUCGUAAAAAUGUUCAUCGUAUUUCUGCUUUCAUGUUUGGCUAUAAUAGUAACUGCAAUACCGGUUAGUCCAAGUACUCACCCUUUGCAGCAGUCACAGAAGGGAAUCAAUCAUGGAAGUCAACCUGUUGAUGCCACAAUCAGAAAACCUGAGGCUCAGAUGGACCCAUCUCUUCCUCACAGCUUGGACCAACCACAGCCUGGAAAUCCCCAGCAGCUGGAUCAACAGGCCAACAACCAACAACAGGCCAACAACCAACAUUCAUUACAGCAUUACGCAUUGUUUCCACAAGGGGGCAGUCCAGUGAUGCUGCCCCUUCCUCAGGGUGUCGCUGGAUUUCUACCGCCUAACCAGCUGACCCUUGCUCAGCAGCCUCUGAUUUUUCCAUCGUAUGGAUUCAUGCCUGUAUUCCCCUCACCCUAUAGCAAUCAGCUGUUCUCCCCAUAUGGAUUCCCGAAGAUUUCUGAGUCUCCCCUCCCUCAAACUCCAAUAAAUCAGCUCACCAACGGUCCUGUGCUGCCAGCAGAAAAUGCUGCAGGGGCAGCUGCAGGGGCAGCUGCACCUUCCGUAGCUGCAGCUCAACAAACACAACAGAAUCCCCCAGUCGUGUACAUGCUCCAGCAACCUAUGAAUCCCUCACUUGGAGGUCUUAGCUCAGAGGAACUGGAGACAGCAGCAAAACUAAGCCAGCUGGGUAUGUUUAUGCCCACCAUGCUUGCGAACCUUCCUGCUGGAGCAGCAGCUGUUCCGGCGCAGAGUCAGUUCGCCGGAAUCACAAAUCCAGACCAACGGGCUGCCGGACAAACUGCAGGGACCUCAGCUUCUGGAGCCCAACCAUUACAGGCUCUGCCUUGCUCUGGAUCACAGCUGAAUGCUAACGACCCGCUCGCAGGUCUGAAAAGAGCAGGGCCUGAAACUCCCUCAGUCUGAUCAGCGGCUCAACCCAAACUCCGGCCCACACAGAGAAACCUGGCUUCAAAAACUGCCGCAGCUACUAAAACUUACUUAUGAUGUUUUAAAAUAUCAACUGCAAAGUAAAAGACUAGCAAUUUAUCACUAGGGUGUCUUUAGAAUAUGCCUAACCAUUGUUGGUAUUUUUUGCCUUCAGUGUGGUGUUUUUAUAUAUAAUGUUAAAUAAAAAAGACAAUCAGAGGCUGACU